AUGGAUCCAGGGGCCCCUGAACGUUCUGCAGAGGGCCUCAGAGCCGGGUAUGGCGGGGUGGGGGCCCCCCGGGAAAAGGCGGAGGCUGCGGUGCGGCUGCUGCCCUCCUGGGGGCCCCCCGACACCUCGGCGGCGGGGCUGCUGGCGCCCCCCAAAGACGAGGAGCUGCAGCGGCUGAUAGAAGAGGCCCUGGAAGGCGCAGUGCCCGAGGAGGUCUCGCUGGACCCGCAGUGGCCGCCGCUGGCCGUCAAGUCGCACGCGAAGUACCUCUUGGGGCUGGGCGCGGACCCCUUCACCAUGGAGGCCUUCUUCGGAGUUUCCACGAAGAUGGGCGGCGCCUACUGGGCCACGAACGCCCUCUGGCUGCUCGGCCUCCAGAGCCGCAAGAACCAGCGCCUCCUCCAGCAGGCCGCAGCCGCAGCAGCCAGCAGCAGCAGCAGCAGCAGCAGCAGCAGCAGCGGGGGCUCCCUUGCCGCGGCGGAAGCGCGCCCGCCCUCUCCCUCCUCCCCCUCCCCCCCCAGCAGCAGCAGCAGCAGCAGCAGCAGCAGCAGCAGCACGGCGCUGGACCGUCUGCUGGAGUCUCGUGAGGACGCGUUGUGCGAGUUCGUGCUGCGUUGCCAGCAGCCGUGCGGAGGCUUCGGCGCGGACGUGGGCCAGGAGGCGCAGCUGGGGGCGACGCACUACGCGCUGCUGCUGCUGGCGGGGCUGGGGCGGCUGCAGCUGCUGCCGAGCGCAGCAAAGACAGCAGCGUGGGUGCAGCAGCAGCAGCAGCCGGGCGGCGGCUUCGCGAACGGCCCCGGCGGCGAGGCCGACUGCCGCUUCUCCUUCUGCGGGCUCGCCAGUCUGCUGCUGCUGCGCGCGCUGCCCGCAGCCACCCGCAGCAGCGAGCGGCGCUUCCUGCUGCAGCUGCUGAACGAAGACGGCGGCUGCGCCUGGGUGCCCGGCGGCGAGUCGCAUGCAGCAGCAGCUUUCUGCUGCCUGGGGGCCCUCGAGCUCUGCGGGGCCCUCUGGGCCGUGGACCGCAGCAAGGCCGCGCGCUGGCUGCUGGCCCGCCAGACCCCCGCGGGCGGCUUCAACGGCCGCCCCGAGAAGGCCCCCGACGUCUGCUACUCCUUCUGGAUCUUCGCUGCGCUGCUGCUGCUCGGCCGCGCUGCUGCAGCAGACGCCCCCGGCCUCGCCCGCUUCGUCCUCGCCGCCCAAGACGGCAGCGGCGGCUUCGCAGAUCGCCCCGGAGACCUCCCCGACGCCUUCCACACUUUCUUCGCCCUCGCCGCCCUCGGCCUCCUCCGCCCCGGCCGCCUCCAACCCCUCCACCCCGUCGCCGCCCUCCCCGCCCCCCUCGCCAGCCUCCUCCAACUCGACGCGCGCUCUCUCCCCUACCUGCGCUUCUCCUGA